AUGUCGGAGGAUCAAGAUAUUCGUGUCGUCGUGGCAAUCGAUUUUGGCACAACUUAUUCGGGAUUUUCUUAUGCUCACAGAUCAAGCCCUAAAGACAUUAUCACCAACGAAAAUUGGGAAGGUUAUAUUGGGCAUUUUAAAAUACCAACCGUCCUCCAGUAUGAUGAACGCUUUAAUGUACAAUCAUGGGGAUACAUUGCAUUAGCUCAAAAGCCAAAUAGAAAAGUUGAAGAGUUUAAAAAUAAACCUGCCGAGUUAUUUAAACUGUAUUUAGGAAAAUUGGCAACCAGACCUCCAUUACCGGAAGGGUUGGACUAUAGGAAAGCUAUAACUGAUUAUUUAUGUAAGAUGGGCGAAAAGAUUCAUGAAACUUUAAAAAUACAUUGGCAGCGUUUGGAUGUUUUUAGUCAAGUUUUGUUCGUCCUCACUAUCCCUGCAGAAUUUGACGACCGUGAUAUCUCUGUGAUGAGAGAAUGUGCAGUUAAUGCAAAUUUGAUAGAUGAUAUGAAUAGCCAGAACUUAAUAUUUAUGACAGAGCCCGAGGCAGCGGCAGUGCAUUGCAUUGACAUACUAAGUGAGCAUGAACUAGAUGUUGGUUCUACGUAUAUGAUAGUAGAUUGUGGAGGUGGUACUGUCGACUUGACUGUUCGAGAAUUUUUAGUAAGCAAACAUUUGAGCGAAUUAACCGAACGUUCUGGUGAUUUCUGUGGUAGUACUUUUAUCGAUCGCGAAUUUCUUGAAUUCCUGGGCCGAAAGAUUGGUAAAUCUAGUUUAGAAUAUUUAACCGAAAAUCAUUACUAUUAUCUUCAACAUCUGAUUCAAGGUACAAAUGAUAUUGAUAUGUUUUUGAUCUAUAGAGAUACAGUUAAAUUACCUUUCAUUGGAAAUCCUGGUAUAUUUGAAUCCGUUGAAUUUGACUUGGAGAAAUUCUUUCCGAACAUAAAAACGAUCGUAACUGGGAAAGAAAAAGAAAUCAUGGAAAAAGAGCAAUGGUUAAUUGAACCGAAGUUUGAAGAUGUAAAAGAAAUGUUUGAUCCAGUCAUAACUAAAAUAAUCACUUUAAUAUAUGGUCAAUUAAGUGCUUGUAGAAAUUGUUCUGCUAUGUUUUUAGUUGGAGGUUUUAGUGAGUCGGAAUAUUUACAGAUGAGAAUUAAAGAAGAAUUCAAACAAAAAGUAAAUAUUAUUUCUGUUCCAACUCAACCAAUAACUGCAAUUUUAAAGGGUGCUGUUAAAUUUGGACUUAAAGAGAACAUUAUAUUAGAUAGAGUGCUAAAGUGGACUUAUGGAACACCCAUUGUUCGCAAAUGGGAAAAUACCGACCCAGAAGACCGCGUACUCUCAGGAGGAUUGAUACAAACAUUCCAAACUCUAGCUACUAGGGGCACUCAAGUCUCCAUAAACGAAAAAGUUACAAGAACUUUUAUCCCAGCAUCAUUGGACCAAAAACAAAUGGCAUUUGAUAUUUAUGUGACAUCGAAAAUCGAUGCCAAAUAUUGUGAUGAAGAUGGG